CAGCUCCAGGUCUCCUCACUCUCUGGAAGCUGAGGGUUUUGACACAGUGGCGCGUUGUGGGAUGUGUACUCUCCGGCUCGCCGUCCGGCAGCCGGCACUCAACAUGGCGGACCUGCUGGGGAAGGGAGCCGGCCGCGGCUUCUACUUCAACACGGUGCUCAGCUUGGCCCGUUCCCUGGCCGCCCAAAAACCCGCUUCCAUCGAUAAAGUAGAAAAGUUACUUUGUAUGUCUCCUGUGGAUUUUCAUGGCAUUUUUCAGUUGGAUGAACGGCGCAGGGAUGCAGUUAUUGCUCUAGGAGUUUUUCUGACAGAGUCGAAACUUCAGCAUAAAGAAACUGUGGUCCCCUAUCUGCUGCGGCUGCUUAAGGGAUUACCCAAAGUCCAAUGGAUUGAAGAUAGCUCAGGGAAAAAACAUCGAGGUACUGAGAUCUCAUUUAUGCUGGCUCUUACGAUUGGCAAUAAUCAAUGA